GAGUGAACGUCAUGAUUGGAGCACCCCUGGUGGAUGUCCCGCGAAUCUCGGCCCCCACAUGGUUUUGUUUUGUUGUUAUUCAAUCGGAGAUGAUGGACUCUGCGGCUGAUAGCGACCCUUUUGGCCCGUUCGAGAUUGCCGACUGGCGCGUCCUGGAGACGGUCGAUGGCCGCAGCUCUUGUCCGAAGUGCGCAAAGUCGCGCAAGUACUUUUGCUACACCUGCUACGUGCCCGUCACGGAAUUGGAGGGAAAAAUUCCAAAACUCAAACUGCCGAUCAAGGUGGACAUCAUCAAGCACGCCAAGGAGAUAGACGGCAAGAGUACGUCAGCCCACGCGGCUGUUUUGGCCCCUGAGGACGUCACCAUUUACACCUUCCCUUGCAUCCCUGAUUACGAACAAGACAAAGAAACCAUUGUUCUGGUCUUCCCUGGAAAAGAAGCAGUGACCGUCGAGGAGUUCCUGUCCCAAGAGAGUCAGUCCUCGAAUCAGUCAGGACAAAAACGACCAGCAGAAUCUUCUAAGAGAAAAAUCGACAGGGCGAUUUUCAUUGACAGCACCUGGAACCAGUGCAAGGGCAUCUUCAAAGACCCCAGACUCAAAGACCUGCCAUGUGUUGUACUGAAGGCAAGAAUCACUCAGUUUUGGCGGCACCAAGAGGGCAGUCCAAGGUGGUACCUGGCCACCGUUGAGGCCAUCCACCAGCUCCUCCUUGAGCUAGACGCUGCCGACCCCGAGGCCAAGAGGCCUAAGACUAACUCGGUGGGCCACAGGUUUGACGACCUGCUCUUCUUCUUUCGCUUCAUGUACGACAAAAUCCACACAUUGUACGACCACGAAAAACUCAAGUCAUAUAAGAGGCCCCUCAAGUAAACCCUCAUCCUUUGUGAUAUAACAAGUAAUUUAAUAAUAAAUAUAUGGAGAAACUUACAGUGCUUAUUGAUUUCAGUUAAAAUCAAUUUGCAAGAUCAUUUAUAAAAUUUGAACAGCAAGCGGGUCAAUAUAUUCUAUCCAUGCAUACAACUAAAUAAUUUGAAAAGCAAUAGCUGUUAGACGUAUUUAAAUCGUAUUUAAAAAUUGAAAAUUUUUACCAAAAACCUUGUUCCUUUUAUCAAAACCUGUUUAUAAAACGCACUAAAAUACUAAAAUUCUGCACUUGAAUUACAGAUUAAAAAAUGAAACGGAAUUUUCAACACAUAAACAGGGGAUGAAUUCAAAUUUACAGUUAAAUUUUCUGCUCAGAAUUUGCCGUUAUGAAAUUUCAUACCCCUAUUAAUCACUUCUCAUCACCUAUAAUAAGGGUUGCUAAGGGUCUUAGUUUUUUUUUAAACCAAAAGACUAACAACUGUAUUUUAAAAUAAUAACUAGAUAUUUAGCGCAAUAGAGCAGAUUUCAUGGCAUUCAAUAGCCAAAAGCAGUCUCUGAAAUGAAAAACCACUACUGAUAAUGUUCAUCUCCCAAGCAGAUGAUAUUAUGGCCAAAUGUGUUUUUAUUAAAAAUCAGAUGCAAGUAAAAUGGAAUUUCUGUAUUUCUUCUUGUGGGAUGAUACGUUCACAACUUCACACCCAGUUUGCCAGAAUCCAAUCCAAGUAAUUUGUCAAGUCAGUGAAGAGGUUGAAGUGGUUUGGUUUGCAUGUCCAGACUUCCUGGCCCUCUGCAUUUUUCACUGAUUUGUUUCGACCUGAGCUGACGAUGCCACGCAAAAAGUAUCUGUCCUUUUGAUAAUCGUAAAAUGCAAGUCC